CGCGCUGUGGCCGACAGAGGAAAAGAUUGCUUUGGCCAUGAGCGACUUAAAUUCAGACGAACGCCCUCAGAAGCGUCCGAGGCUCGAAAACGAUCAAGAUUCCGUUCCGGCAACGAAACUCGCAGAUACUUUUGUGACUGAUGACGAGAUUGCCAAAGAGCUCCAGGUGGGUAUCACCACCUAUGUCGACCCUUCGAAAAGUGUGUUUCGGGGCGUGUUGAAGAAGAGAUAUACCGACUUCCUCGUCAACGAAAUCUUGCCAGACGGAACGGUUUUGCAUUUACGGAAUACGACGGUGGCGAGGUCAGGUGGCGGUGCUCCAUCUUCUACUACUGAGAGUAGUUCUACAGUACAGGCCAAUUCGCACGACGAGUCUAGUCAAGGUCCUGCCAAAAGUGACGCUGCGUCGGCACAGAACGAGAAGCCGAUUGAGCAAGAAAGCCGAACGGAUGAAGCACCUGUACAGGGCGAGAAACCAAUCGAGCGCGAUAGCCAGAGCAACGAAGUUGUCAAGAAUGCUGUGCAGGAGACCAAGCAAGAGGUUACUGAGGAUGAUCGCGCCAAGCUUGUCAACUACUUCAACGACGAGGCUGUUGUUGAAUUGAUGUCUCUCUACGAAUCGAUCGUUCAGUCACCUGAUAAGAAGCCCAAAGAUCAUCCUACAGUGCGCACAGAGUUCACAUCAGAUCGGUCUGUGCGGUCACAAAUCCACCAAGACAUCCGACGCAUAUUCAACAGGAAAAUUGAUUCCUCGACCGACAAGGACGGUAUUUUGGUCCUCACUGCUGCCGCAGCGACUACCAAUCGGGGGCGAGACGGGCGACAGUCGAACCAGAAGAAGGACGGCCGACCGGGGAAGCUAGGUUGGCUCGAUCGAGGGGGCGAAUACGUUCAUUUCACGCUUUACAAGGAGAACAAGGACACGCUCGAGGUCAUCUCGUUCAUGACCAAGCAGCUCAGGACGACAAAUAAGACUUUUCAAUUUGCUGGGACCAAAGAUCGGCGAGCGGUAACAGUACAGCGCGUCAGUGCGUAUCGCGUCGAUGCGGAUCGCCUAGCCUCACUCAAUAGAUCUUUGCGGUACUCUGCUGUGGGUGACUUCCAGUACCAGAAGGAAGGUCUGGAACUCGGUGACCUCAGUGGAAACGAAUUCGUAAUAACUUUGCGCGACUGCAGCGUCAUCGGUUCGGAUGCUGGUUCUGCGGAUGAAAAGGCAUCGGCGGUACAAGUCCAACUGUCACACGCUCUACGCCAGCUCCGCGAAAAGGGAUUCCUCAACUACUAUGGACUCCAGAGGUUCGGUACGUUCGCUCAGAGAACGGACGUGGUUGGUGUCAAGAUACUGCAAGGAGACUUCAAGGGAGCGUGUGAAGCCAUUCUCGACUUCUCGCCUACGGCUUUGCAGGGCCCCGAAUCCUUACCCGCGGGAGUGCUGGUCGGUCAAGACGAUCGCGCUCGGGCCUUGGGGAUCGACUCAUGGCAGAGGACCGGAAAGGUAGGGGCCGCUCUGGACAGCAUUCCCCGUAAGUUCUCCGCGGAGACUGCGCUCAUCAGACACCUGGGCAGGAACUCCAAGGACUAUAUGGGUGCUCUACUGUCGAUUCAGCGGAACUUACGAUUGAUGUACGUCCACGCGUACCAGUCGUUGAUCUGGAAUUUGGCCGUUGGCGAACGGUGGAAGUUGUUUGGUGGCAACGUGGUCGGAGGCGACCUGGUCCUCGUCCAUGAGCACAAGGACAAACAGGCCCCCACAGAGCCUGAACAAUCUGUCGACGCGGACGGAGAAGUCAUCAUCCAACCGUCAGGAGAAGACAGAGCGUCUGAUCCGAACGACGUGUUUGAGCGCGCAAAGCCACUCACCGCAGAGGAGGCGGCGAGUGGGAAGUAUACCAUCUUCGACGUCGUGCUCCCACUACCAGGGUUCGACGUGGUCUACCCUGCCAAUGCGAGCGGAGAGUGGUACAAGACGUUUAUGGCGAGCGAGGCCGGUGGUGCCCUCGAUCCGCACAACAUGCGUCGCAAGCAGAGAGAUUUCAGUCUGAGCGGCAGUUAUCGUAAGAUCAUGGCUAGGAUUGGAGAGGAAUUUGACGUCAAGGUUCACCAGUAUGCCGACGACGAUGCGCAGUUCGUGGAGACGGAUAUGGACCGGCUGAAAAGCAAUAAUGCCGCCAAUGGGGAGAACAGAGCGACUGGCGAGGCUGUCGUAAAGAAUGACAAAGGUGAAGUUGGAAAUGGCGAUGGUGAUAGUCGACCGACAAAGCUUGCAUCGGUGCUCAAGUUCCAGCUUGGCUCGAGUCAGUAUGCCACCAUUGCGCUGCGGGAGCUGUCCAAGGGUGGUGUCCAGGCAUAUAAGGCAGAAUUUACUGGUGGCAGAUGAGGAAC